AGAAGACAACAAAGUUGCAGAGAGUACUACUCAUGAAACUCUCCCAAGUGAAGUCCCAACCCAAUAUAAAUCCAUCUGAAAGCAAAAGGGAGAGAAGCUUUAAUUUACUUGCAUCCCCUGCCCCGCGAUGAUGGACACUUUGUCUAUCUAGACAGCACCUUUCUACCUUCCUUCUCAGCUUCCUCAAGUUUAUAGCUCCCUCUAUCCAUUUAUUAAUUCAGCAAAAUGUGUCACUGAGAGAGAUACAAUCAUAGAAUUGAAGAAGAACGCAACAUGGCGACGUACUUUAAUGGAAGCACUUCGGAAAUUCAACCUUCUGCAGAUGGCGGCUUGCAAACGCUUUACCUUAUGAACCCAACUUACGUACCCUACGCUGACGCGCCGCACCACCCAACAACGCUCCUCGUCAAUCCCAACGCACCCAACCUCGCGAAUAUCCCACACGCGCCGCCAGUGUCACCAAACCAACAACAUCACCACGUGAUUCACGGCGUCACAAGCAUCAUCGGAUCCGGCAAUUCCGAUGACCACUCCCGACCGUCGUUGAUCGGCGAAAACAUCGCCGCCUUCCACGGCUUCUCCGGCGGGGCAGGCACUGCCUCCACCGCCGCCCCUCGCCUUCACUAUAACCUCUGGGGUCCGGUGGUUGAUCAGCCGGGAACGCCGUCUAGCAGCUCCGGUGGAGGCGGUUUCCGGCGGCCGAGUCAGCAGGGUUUGUCUCUCAGUCUUUCAUCACAGCAAACAAAUUUUAGAUCAGUUUCCGGCGAGCUUGACGUGGCCGGACAGGGCCACGUUGCCGGAAUUGGGAACUCGCCGAUGUCGGCGUCGAUCGGAGUUUCAGGUGUUAUUAUGGGGUCAAAGUACUUGAAAGCUGCACAGGAGCUUCUGGAUGAAGUUGUGAACGUGGGAAAAGGAAUCUACAAAGAGGAGAAAUUCUCAGAGAAGGUGAAAGCGAAUAGGGAAUCAACUAAUUCUGGUGCUGCUGGUGAUGGUGGAGAUGGUUCAAGUGGUGGAGGAGAAAACAGUGCAGGGAAACAAGUGGUUGAACUCAGCACCGCUCAGAGGCAAGAGCUUCAGAUGAAGAAGUCCAAGCUUGUGACCAUGCUCGAUGAGGUAGAACAAAGGUACAGACAAUAUCACCACCAAAUGCAAAUUGUGGUAUCGUCAUUUGAGCAGGCAGCAGGUUAUGGGGCGGCAAAAUCUUACACUGCCCUUGCCCUAAAGACUAUCUCAAAGCAAUUCAGGUGCCUUAAAGAUGCAAUCUCUGCACAAAUCAAAGCCACGAGCAAGACAUUGGGUGAAGAUGAUUGUUUAGGAGUUAAAGUAGAAGGGUCGAGGCUUAGGUUUGUUGACCACCAUCUCAGGCAACAAAGGGCACUUCAGCAGCUAGGAAUGAUUCAACCCAAUGCAUGGAGGCCCCAAAGAGGCUUGCCUGAACGAGCUGUUUCCAUUCUUCGGGCUUGGCUUUUUGAGCAUUUCCUUCACCCUUAUCCAAAGGACUCCGAUAAAGUUAUGCUUGCUAAACAAACUGGACUUGCUAGGAGCCAGGUGUCAAACUGGUUUAUCAAUGCCCGAGUUCGGCUUUGGAAGCCAAUGGUUGAAGAAAUGUACUUGGAAGAAAUCAAGGAGCAUGAACAAGGUAAUGGCUCAGAAAACACCAAAUCAAAAGAAUCGAGCAAGGAGUUGGCUUCAACAGCAAAUGUUGCACUCGAUCAUCUCCAAUCAAAACAAGAAAGCUUCAACAACCAAAACACUUCCCCAACCGAGAUCUCAACAAGCUCUUCAAUGUCUCCAAUGGGAGGGUCCCUUCAAUCCCACUCUGGUUUCCAUCUUGCAGGAUCAUCUGACAUGCAAAUUAGGAGUCCAAACAAACCAAGAAGUUCUGAAAUGCAAAACUCUCCAAGUAGUAUCCUUUCAGUGGACAUGGAAAUGAAGCAUAGUGGUGACCAUGGAAAUAAUAGAGAUGCCAACACAAAGUUUGGUAUUGAAAGGCAUCACCAACAAAAAGAUGGGUACCCUUUGAUGACUAGCAAUCCAAACCAUGGUGGGGGGUUUGGAGCAUUCACCAUGGAAGACAUUGGAAGCAGAUUUAAUGUCACUACUGAGCAACUAGCUUCAAGGUUCCAUGGAAACGGUGUUUCUCUCACACUUGGACUUCCCCACAAUGAGAACCUUUCUAUGUCAGGAACUCAACAACAUGGGUUCCUCUCACAGAAUAUACACCUGGGAAGGAGACUUGAAAUGGGAACAAAUGGAAAUGAGUUUUGUACUAUCAACACUGCUCCACCUUCUUCUCACUCAGGAACCACUUAUGAGAGCAUUGAUAUUCAAAACAGAAAGAGGUUUGUUGCUCAUCAGUUAUUACCAGAUUUCGUGGCCUAGGAAGUAAGAACUGAUGGCUAGCUAGCUAGCUAAAACAAUAUUGGAUAAUUUAUGAGAGAAAUCUUAGAGUUCUGAUGAGUGUUUCUCUAGACUUGGCUAAUUAACUUCGCUAGCAGCACCAAGAAAAGAAAAGGAGAGGGUUUAUGUUAUUUUCAUUUACAUAUAUAUACACAUGCAUGCAGUCACUAAUUAUGAAAUAUUGUACCGUGAUUCUGGUAUACUGGAAUUCCUGGCAUGGGAGGGGAUGCUAGCUCCCUGUAAACAUUGAAUAGUAGCAUAUAGAAUUAUACUUGCAGAGAUUUAAGUUAGCUUAAUAUUAAUUAUAGGAUUCAUAAAGUUGGGGAUGGGGUAUAUAUAUUGUAUAUGGUAUUGGAUGUAGCCAGGUACGUAGAUGGAUUUGAAAGAUUUCUUUUGAUUUGAUGUUAUAUAUAUUUGUGCACCAGAGUUAUUAUUUGGGUAUAGAAGAAGAAGCAUUGCUUUGUAAAAUUAGUUAUUCCUGCAUGUAUUUUUCGUUUCAUGAUCAUUUUCCUUCUGUGUACACACUAGUGGGUGAAGGUGGAAUUAAUAGUGGGAAACAUGCAUGAGAUGGAAUAUACGGAUAUGCGUACUAUUUGGACGCUUUCAUAAAAUAGAGUAUGAGAAUUUGAGUCAA